CGCAAAGCUGCAAUGUGGGGCAACCGCGUCGUUUCGUGGUGGCGCUUCAACCGCACCUAUGGCGCCGUCCCUGCCAAGUCGCCGUAUCAAGUUUCGUCAGGUCGGCGCGGAUCGAUAAUCGACGACACGAACGACGAUGCCGCCGUGGACGCCACGACAAACUCGACCAUGGUCCGGCUGCUCGACGAGGACAAUGCGCUCUUGGUGCUGCAGCGACUGCGCGAUCGCUCGUACACGCCCGAGGACCUCCAAACGGCCGAGAGCGGCGAUCACGCGACAGUGCUCUCGAAAGCGUGUGAGCUCGGUCUUUUGGACGUGGUGACGCUCCUGCUUGAAACAACACCUUACGCCUCGAUCCCCGAGUACACGACGCGUCCGCUGCAGGAAGCGGCGAGCAACAAUCGCGUGGCCAUUCUCAAGCUACUGCUCGCCAAGCUGCCCGAAAUGGAUGUCACGGCCAAGCUCUCUGUGGGUGCUACGGCGCUGCAUUUUGCGGCGUGGGGCGGUCAUGACGAUGUGCUGGCACUGCUCCUUCCAUAUUUUACCACCGUCGACAUCGAAGACGAGGACGGUGAAACGCCGUUGCACGUCGCUGCCAAGCGCGGCCAAGCCCUCGCUUUGAAGCGGCUUCUGCGUGCAGGUGCGAACGUCAACGCGCGAACCAAGAAACUGGAGACGCCAUUGCAUUUGGCGGUCGAGUCGUACGACAUCAACGUGGUCGACCUCCUCCUCUGCGCCAACGCUGCGGUGGACUGGAAGAACGAGGACGGCAAGACCCCACUCGAGAUCGCACAAGCCGACAGUAUUCGACUGCUUCUCGGCCGCGAAGCACGGCUCCGCGACGCCUACCACGGGCAUUGCCUCGCCCGCGCCGGCGACGUUUCGCGAGUGGACCACUGGAUCGGCAGUCUUCUCGGCCAACACUUUGAGCACUUCAAAUGGGUGCACAUCGAUGGCUCGUUCAUCGACGUAUCAGUCCUGCCCGACGCGUCGCUCCAGACGUACAUUGUGGCGGGCGACGCCAGCGACGGACGUCCUGUGAUAGGCACAUGGCGCCGCGCCGACAAUAUGCUCGAGCUUCUCGUGCGCAACAUCUUGUACAAGGGCAUCGUCGAUCUUGCCGCGGGUACGUGGGAAGGUGUGAGCGGGAUGACGCCGCCUCUGCGCUAUACCGUGCCGACGUGGGCCUGCGCUAUCUGCAACAAAGCACACGUGUCCAACCACGGAGCGCCCUGUCUGUCGUGUGUCGAGAAGCACGGUAGCAACGACGUUAUUACUGCAUAUCGCCAGCGCAUCCAAAAGGCUGCCGAGCACGUUACACAAGCGCUUGGCGAGCCUGAAUUCGACGGUCAAACGGUCGUCAUGUAUGCAGCCAAGUAUGGUCACAUGAACGUCCUCCGUCGAUUCCUGCCGUACUGCACCGAGCCGCUGCUUCAAAUGACGGACAUUAACCAACAAACGGCCAUGGACCUUUUGGCCAAAGGCGCGUUCACGUGCACAACCAAGACGGUGGAUGCUCACAACGAGGCGCUGGUGAGCGUGUUGGCGGAGCUCUGUCGCAUCGCCAAGACCCCGCUGGACCCGGCGCGCCUGUCGCACGUGGAUCGGCAAGGCGAUGCGCGACUCCAGUGCUGCGGCAGUCAAAUGGGUCGCGUGGACGACUGGCUCGCGGAGCUUGCUGAAGCCAAACAGUGGGAGGACCUCAAGACGCACUUUCUGAGCAUUCCACGAAGCCAGCUCUUGGUCGAUGACCAAACACCAGCGGGCCGCAAAGUGUGGCACCACGUUUGCGUGCAAGGUCGACUGGACAUUCUCGGGCUUCUCCUCCAGCAGCCGUCGUGCAACGUGCAACUGGUGUCACCGACCACGAAUGAAACCAUGCUCUACAUUGCGGCCAAGCACCAUCGUGUCAAGUGCGUCGAGCGAUUGCUACGAGCCGGCGCGGACCCUGAGAAAUUUCACGAAUACCUGUCGGAUGCGAGCCUCACAUGGCCAUCGGCCCACUGCAAACAACUGAUUACCGACAAGCAAGCCGUCAAGAAGUUCCAUAGCGCCUUUUACACGGCCAACGUGCCCAACAUGGAGGCUGUCAACGAGCUCAAAAAGGCCAAGCGGUCGGCGCUGCACGCAGCCAUCGUGUACGACCAGCCCCCGCGCGUGAUCCUUGCGCUUUUGGCACAGGCGUCGCCUCAGAUCAACGGAGCCGACAUCAACGGCGACACGGCGUUGAUGCUGGCCGCGCGUCUCGGACAUACCGAAGCCGUCAACUGCCUCCUGAACGUCAACGCCAAAGUCAACGUCAAAAACGAGAGCCGCGAGACAGCGCUCUUCCUCGCCGCGCUCGGGGGGCACGUGGACAUUGUCAAAAGCCUCAUUGACCGCUACGCCGACAUGGACGUCGUGCGCACAGAUGGCACUACGCUGACAAAGGCACUAGCAAUGGCCGUCCUGGACACCAAACAGCAUGAGAAGCGAAAUGCAUUCCUCAUGAUCCAAUCGCUCCUUGAGAGCGCGGUGCAGCAGCGCGGGUCGCCCGAGUUUCGCAAGUACCUUCUCUCUCAGCUCGUGCUCAAGGACACGGACGAGGCGUUCUCCAAGCAGGCUUUUCGCAAGGCGAUCACGUGUGCGCCAGCGCUUGGCCGCAUUUUUCUCAACGACUGCGUCGAAUUGCACCGGCACGACGUGAGCUUUAGCCAGCUCGAACAUGUGUACGGCACGACCGCCGACGGCAGCGCGCUGCACGCGAUUCUGCACCUCCAGUCGGUCAACCCCGAGCUGCUCUUGGAGGCCAAGACUGAGUGUUUGGAACACAUUGUCAUGGUGCGCAUGCUCCAAAUCAAGUGGGAGCUCUUUGCGGAGCGCAAGUACAUUGAGCAGCUGCUCAUGAACGUGCUUUUGCUCAUCACAAUGACAACGUCGGCGCUGCUCUUUGACGAGUCGAGCAUUGCGGCCAACACGGGCCCGAUGCUUCUCGGAACGUUUGUCUUUGUCAACACUAUCGUGGGUUAUCUCGUCGUGCAAGGCCUCCGCCCGCCGUACCUCUAUCGGCUUGCGCGCAUGUGCUACGACGGGCGCUUCUCGCUGGACCUCUCCGUCUCGAUUCCGCACCUUGCCAAGUACAAGAUGAAGGCGAAAUGGCUCUUGGCGUCCGCAAGCGUUUGUCUUUCGCUGUUGAUUGUGCUGCCAGUCGUCGCCAUGCUCGUCUUCUCGGGUUUAGCGCGCUACUACCCGAUGAGCAACAACUUCAUCUUGUGGCUCACGUCGCUCUACUUUGUCGUGACGGAGCUCGAAGAAAUGCUCUCGUCCGGGAUCGCCAACUAUUGGAAGUCGCGCAUCAACCAGACGCAGCUGCUUGUCAACGUGGUCAUUCUGGUCGUGUUCGUUCCGAUGAAGCUGGGCUUCUUGCCGGCGCCGUGGGCCGUCCAGACGGGCGUUGGUGGCGCCAUUACGAUCGUGCUCUGGAUGCUCUCGCUGCAAUUCCUCGAAGUUGUGCCGGCCGCCGGGUACCUCCUCCCGAUGAUCGCCAAGCUGCUUCAAGAUGUGCGCAAUUUCUUCAUCUUUUUCGGGGUUGUUCAAAUGGGCCUCACGAUAACCUACUACCAGCUCUUUCGCAACCAAGACGCCGAGGCGUUCAACACGAUUGGCGAGUCGUUCGUCACGACGUACUUUGUCGCGUUUGGCCAACUUCCCCUCGACUCGCUAAGUGCUUUUGACGCGACUGACCCGUACGACGUCUUUCUCUCGCAGUGCACGUUGGUGCUCAUGAUGUUUCACUCGGCCGUUGUUGUCAUUUUGCUGCUCAAUGUGCUUCUCGCGAUGAUGAACCAAACGGUCGACGGUGGUCUCGAGAAGGCCAAGACCGAGGCGCUCACGAGCUACGCGCAGUGCAUCCUUCGUCUUGAGCAGGCCAUGCGUCUCACGCCGGCCGAGACAAGCGACCUCAUGCAUCUCGUCGACGCCUCUUGCAAUAAGCGAGUGCUCAACCCGAUCUUCUUUGAAGUCGUCUCGCGCGCCCACGUCGCGCUGCGACCGGACCACGAAGCCUCGAUUCGUGCCGACAAUAUGCGCAAAUCGGGAUGGAAGAGCAUCGUGUCACCGCUGGAAGCGGCCGUUCCCGCUCACGUCGAGAGCUUGGAGAGUCUUUUGCGCCGGGUGAAUCAUUUUAGCACCGAUGCAAGUGUCGUCGCGGGCUUCACCCCCGAGCUCCGUGCGAUCGACCAGGCCAAAGAAAAACUGUGCACUCUCUUUGCAAAGGCCAAGAAACACCGCGGGGACGACAUGCCCACGCAGCUCAAAGCGCUCAAGAAGAGCAUCAAGUCGACGAUCCGGACGCUGCGGGUCGCGGUGCAAAGUCGGUGGCGACCGGACGAGCCGCUGGAGCCGCUCGACGGCCACAGCCGCGCUGUCUACUACUUCCAGCUCGUGCACGCACACAACAUUGAUGUCCCGUUGAAAGCCAUGGCCGACGGCGUCGCGGCAGCGCUCGAAGCGGCCAUUGUCCCGGCACCUGAAGCCGACGUUACCGAGAAGGAAGACGCGUUGAUGUCGACGCUGCGCUCGUGGAUGCACGAAGUCCGGCGCGACACCAAGGCCAUGCGCAACGCACUCAUCAUGGGAGGUGCCGGAGAAGCGAGAAUCUCGGAGGCGUCGCUGCAGCAACAAGAACUCAUGCAAAGGCUGUCGGAGGCGCUCGACGAGCUUCACCGCGGCAAAGACACUUCUGGUCGUCGCACCGACUCGUUCCCCGUCGUCGACCCGCGGCACCGCGAGCCAAGCGAGAGCGACCCGUUCCAUGAUCCUCUUUGAUACUUUUGCAAUACAUCAAGUUGAUACGUUUG